AUGGACAAUCGGCUCAACAUUGGUUCGGAGGUGCGUGAGCUAAAGCUCGGUUCGACCUUCACCAACGCGGCACCGUCGAACCAGUUCCACACGAUAAAAUACGAUUUCAAACCCGCCAGUGUCGAUGUGAACAAACCGGCGGUGCUGGAAAUUAGUGCCAACAAGCAGGUCACCGUUACCGUGCCGCACCUGGAUGGUUCCGGUGUGCCGAAUACCGUCUUCAAGGGUAAUCAGCGCGAUUAUUCGCGGAAAGACUGCGUGCUCAUACUGAACCGGGCGACGGGCGAGAUUACGCUCGAGCAGCUCAACAGCAGUAUCGUAGUGAAGAAGACGAGAAUCGAAAACAAGGCACCCAAUCCUCCACCAACACUGCCAACGAUAAAGGUUGAAAACAACACCGCACGCCAGAGUUCCAAGACGAAGAUUACGACCGGCGUGCGGAAGAAUGCGCCGAUCAGCUUCAUGCCAAAGCACUCGCCACUGCAGGGUUCGCCGUCCUAUCCGCACCGGAGUCCCCAGUCGGCACCGGCCUGGAACGCCAACAAUACUCAACAAACCUUGCCAAGUAUUCCGAUGAUUGGGCUGGACGAUGGGAUGGAUUUUGGCACUGUAAUGCCGCCAUCCUCCGCCACCACUUCCAACUCCUCCUCGGGUGCUAACAUGAACAAUCAUCUGAACAACAACAUCAGCAGCAGCAGCGGAAGUGGCAGUAACUCCAAUUCCAACCACACCAACAACCACCACCACCAUCAGCAACAUAGUAACAGUAACAUUAGCAUUAAUAGUAGUAGUAGCAGUACCAACGUGGCUGGCUCGACCAACAGUGGUAGCAGCGCGGGCAACAAUCAUAGCAACAGCAAUAGCUACCUUAACCACGGUUCGGCACAGAACAGCAACAACAAUCAUCAUGGAAGUGGCAGUAGCGGCAGCAAUCAUCACCAUCACAGCAAUCACCUCAGCGUGCCGUCGUCGUACGGAGGUGGAGGUGCCGGUGGUCGAAAUCAUCUGCACAGCGAACCUUCGAUGCCACCGAGCGUAGAAGUUAGCUUGCCGCCCGAUCGAGACCUACUGCCACCGCCGGUGGCCGUUACGGGAAUCGGUGUUGGAGCGAGCAGCGAUCCGGAAAUGAUGACAUCCUCUGAAUCGGACGGUUCGGAUGAUUCCGAUUCUAGCAGCAGUGAUCAGGAAUCGGAUAGUUCAACCGAAGAUAACAAUGAUUCACCAGUGAAAGAAUCCAUUUUUGAUCCACGGCCGGAUCCAACGAUUGCGGUUACCGCCGCCGCGGUAGAUCUGAGCAAGGACCUCUGCCUAUCAUCCAACUCCGACUCGGACGAUUAA